UAACGAACGUAGAAGAAGAAGAAGAAGACGUUCCAGCCUUGGUUACAACGAUUUCUGCUGCGACCAGUAGACAGCACUGUUCCUCACUGCUGUCUACUCUGCGCCGGAUCUAUUGUAGUUUUGUCCAGGACUGCUGUGCCCUUCCACUAGUAAUAUCGGAAACUAUACAGUGAGCUACUAAGCGCAUAUCUUGGCCUCCCGUCCGCGUUCUUUUGUGGGAUUAAAAGGAAGCAACGAAAGGUGCGACCGUGCAAGCAAACACCAUCUACGAGAAUAAUAUAGGGCAUGCAUCAAGGAGAUAGUCAAGAUCAUCUCCGAGGAGCCGCGCACGAAGAGACAGCUUCGCCAUUCACAAGCAACUUGCCCCAAUCUGUAAACCCUCCUGAGGUCCUCUCUGCUGCCGAGCCUGACCAAGGCGAUGGACAACCGAACCAACUACCGCAUGCAUAUGGCGACAUACAGGGAGUUCCAGACCCAGGGAGCUCCGACGCCCAGGGAGUUCCAAUGGCAAAGAGGCAUUUGGCCGUUGAUAUUAAAGACCUUAAUCUCUGGUACGGGGAAGGCCCCAAAAGGGUUGACAUAUUCAGGGGCGUCAACAUCAGCGUGCCACGAGGUGGAAUAUACGCAUUGCUCGGUUCUUCUGGGUGCGGCAAGACCACGCUGCUUCGUUGCAUCUUAGGACGCAAGAAGUUUCAGCGUGGAGAGGUACGCGUCUUCGGCACUAAACCAGGAACUCCAGGUUCCAAGAUACCCGGUUCCAACGUCGGUUACAUGCCACAGGAGCUCGCCCUCUUCGACGAGUUCACCAUCGAAGAGACCCUCGCGUUCUUCGGCCAGAUAUAUUACCUACCUAUGAAGGAGUGGAAGGAGCGCGUGGAGUUCUUGGUUCAGUUCCUGGAGCUGCCUGACAAGCAACGAUUAGUGAAAUACCUUAGCGGAGGACAGAAAAGAAGAGUCUCCUUGGCCUCGUCCAUGGUUCACAACCCCCCUCUGCUUGUGCUGGACGAGCCAACUGUUGGAAUCGACCCUGUUUUGCGGAAGUCCAUAUGGCAACACCUGGUGGAACUUACAACAAAGGAGAAGAUGACUGUUAUUAUCACAACGCACUACAUCGAUGAAGCUCGAUUGGCUUCCUUGGUGGGAUUCCUCCGCCAAGGGAAGAUGCUCGCAGAAGACCCCCCGGCGACACUCAUGCGGAGGCACAAUACGCAUAACUUGGAAGAAGUGUUCCUCAUUAUGGCCAGCUCGCCAAGCCCUGAGGGCCAACCUCAGGCCCCGGUUCAAACAGAAAGGAGAAAUGACCAGGGAGGAGAUGAGGCGACACAGUAUUCGUUCUUGGCUUCUGUCGUGCGCAGUAAACAACAAACGCUGAUUUCUCUUGACAAGAAAGACAUGAGUCGGUCGAUUGCGAGGACAAAAGCCAUUUUUCAGAAGAAUGUUGUGAAAAUUCGUCGUAAUCUGGGUCUGCUUCUCUACAGUUUCCUGCUUCCGUCAGUUGAAGUGAUGCUGUACUGCAUUGUUAUAGGGAAAGUGCCCUUUAAUAUGUUUUUGGCUGUGGUGAACGAGGACAACCCGGUCAAGUACAGCCGCCAGUUUUUGGAACUGGUGGACUCUAGAAUUAUGCCUCAGGUGAACUAUACCAGCCUUCAACAAGCCCUGGACUCUGUAUCAAAAGGCGUUUCGUAUGGCGUAGUGCACAUGAAGACCAAUUUCAGCAAGGGACUAGACGAACGCUUCCAGCAGGGCUACGUCAUCGACCAAUCAAUGGCGGAUGCCAGUUCCAUUGACGUGUACCUGGACAUGUCAAACCAGCAAGUGUUCACGACCAUCAUCCGAUAUUUAGAAGAAGCGGCUGAGAGGAUGGUCACCGACAGUUUUGUGAAGGCAGGGAAAAGCACGUAUGGGCUACAAGAACUACUCAGAUUGAAAGAACCUGUAUAUGGAGAUAAAAACAUGACAUUCACAGAGUUCGUUGCACCAGGCAUGAUCCUUCAGAUCACGUACAUGAUGGCUGUGGGGCUGUCCGUAAACUCUCUUCUUGAAGAACGCAGCGAUGGCCUCCUGGAACGAUGCACAGUCGCAGGAGUGAAAUCCAUAGAGAUCGUUGUGGCCCACAUAGCGUCGCAGAUGUUUGUCAUCGUGGUACAGGACUUACUCCUCCUGUUCGUCGGCUUCUUCGUAUUCAGUCUUCCCUCCAAAGGCCCUCUCUGGGUGGCCAUUAUACUGACACUUUCUCAAGGGUUCUGCGGUCUCUCCUUAGGGCUCAUGAUAUCCUCAAUUUUCGAGAGCCCUGACGCUGCAGGCAUGGUAAACGUGGGCAUCAACUAUCCCGUCCUCAUUCUCAGCGGCAUUAUGUGGCCCCUGGAGGGAAUCCCGCUUUCCAUAAGGUGGUUCAGCUACAUGAUGCCCCAGACGAUCCCAUGCGAUUCUAUGCGUUGUGUCAUGUACAAAGGUUGGACCCUCCUGCACACCAAUGUCUGGAUGGGCUUCUUGGUCAACUACAUCUGGGUCGUCAUCUUCCUCGUCUCCACCGUGUUAUUCUUCAAGCAGUGAUAAUAGUAUCAAUCAUUUCGCAUAAGCAUGACCGUUAUAUGACUCCAAUUGAUGCGCAUAUGUUUGCGACAAAUUACAACCUCUGUUUGAUAGGUGCGAUAACAAGACGCAUUGUGUGGCGCGAGAAUAAAAGCUGCGUA